UUCUGUCUGUGUGCUUGACAACACUUUGCACAGCAACCUUCCCUCUGCUUCAUGACCUUUUCUCUGCCUGUUUGUUUGUGAGAGCACAACACGCCUGUUUCCUUCCCUUGUGUGUUGCGCAUCUGCUCAUUCGUGGCUCACACCACAGCAACCAACAACCCGCCUUCGAACAAACAUUGACAAAGCCGACGACCCAACGAGCAAAGACGAGGAGCAAGUCUAUCUCCACAACAGAGUCUUCCCCACCCUUCCCUCCUCCACUCCUCCAAACCGACUUAGUUUGUCCAUCGUCCAAGCCUCAACCACAACCAUGGGCAACUGCGCGAGCUGCAACUCCACGCAAGUGCUUGGCGGCAAGAACGGCCCUGUCGACGGCAUGAACGCCAAUGGCAAUGGUGCCACCGCCAACAACAACAACAACACUCAAGUCAACGGCAAGGCCGACAACAACACCCAGGCCAACGGCGCCGGUGUUGCUUCUCGGCUGGAGACUGUGGCUGAAGAAGACGCCACCCACCAGGAAGUGCAGACGGCGCCCGCCACCGCCACCGCCUCAGGGGAAGAGCAGCCCAAGGGCGAGGAUGCUGCCGACAAGCAGGACGAGCAGCCGGCGUUUCUCCACGCUUACAACGUCAACCUGAAGAUCAACCAGAUUCGCGAGUCCAACCCUGAGAACCGCAUGGCCAAGCACUUUGACAUUGCGUACUUUAUGGAACUCGACAAGGACCAACAGCGCGGUCUGGUGCAGUGCUGCCGCAGCGGUCUGGAGAACCCAGACUCCUCCAUGGGCUGCUACGCCAUGCAGCCCGCGGACUACGACCGGUUCAAGCCGUUCUUCAGCAAGGUGAUUGCGGACUACCACGGCGUUGCCGAGGAUGCCAAGCACGUGAACAGCUGGGACCUGUCUGGGGUUGAGGGCCUUCCUGAGGGCGGCAAGCUGGACCUUGCGGCACUUGGGCUGCCAGCCCUGAGCAUGCGCGUGCGCGUUGGACGCAACCUUGCUGACUUCCCACUGCCAGGCGCCAUGACGCAGGAGGACCGCGUCAGCCUCGAGAAGAAGAUGUGCGAGGCGUUUGAGAAGCUCAAGGCAAUGCCCGAGUACGGGGGCGGGUACAACUCGCUGACGCCCGGGCACCCGGACAAGAUCAGCGACGAGGAGUACAAGCAGCUGGUGGCGGACCACAUCAUGUUCAAGGACAUGGCGGCAGACCCGUACCUGGCGAGCGCGGGCAUUGCGUCUGACUGGCCGUACGGGCGCGGGUGCUACGUGUCUGAGGACCGCGGGUUUGUGAUCUGGGUUGGCGAGGAGGACCACCUGCGCAUCAUGUGCAUGAAGAAGGGCACGGUGCUGAACGACGUGUUUGACCGGCUCAAGACGGCGCUUGAUGUUGUGAGCGGGAUUGAGGGCCUGUCGUUUGCCAUGUCGCCAGACUACGGCGUUGUGACGAGCUGCCCGACGAACCUGGGCACGGGGAUGCGCGCGAGCGUGCACAUUGGGCUUCCGAAGCUGACGGCUGACGGGACAGAUGCCAAGGCGAAGGAGGUGUGCAAGCCGCUUGGGCUGAGUGUGCGCGGGAUUGGUGGAGAACACACGCCGAUUGGCGAGGGCGGUGUGUGCGACAUCUCGCCACGCGCGCGCUUCUGCAUCACGGAGGCGGAGAUCAUCUGCGCGCUGUACAAGGGCAUCAAGCUGCUCAAAGAGAAGGAGGACGACAUCGAGAGUGGCGAGAGCAGCGGCAAUGAAGAGCAGCAAGAGCAAGUGGAAGAAGAAGAGCAAGUGGAAGAAGAAGAGAAGAAUGAGGAGGCAACCGAAGAGGGUGAGGCGGAGGAGAAGGAGACCACAGCUGGAGAAGAGGAAGACAAUGUGGAUGAGGCAGCAGACGCUGAAGAGGAGAAGGGGGAGAAGGAAGAAGAGGAGGCAGAGGCAGAACCAGAGGCAGCGGAGCCUGAGGGCGAGGAACAGGAGACGACGGAAGACAAGAACGAGGAGGCGGGCGAGGAAACACUUGCUGCGGAUGAGGAACAGCAGCAGGAGGGGGAGCAGGCAGAGGCCGCUGCCCCUGCUGACGGCGCCGACAGCGACAAGCCGGAUGAGGUCGAAGCAGUGACCGAGGAAGCGGAGAAGAAGGACGAGGAUGCAGCCGGGGAGGAGGAGGACAAGGAGGAAGGGGCGCCAGCCGAUGCUGUUGCUGAGGAGGAAGAGAAGACGGAGGCUGAGCCUGAGGAGAAGGCUGAAGAUGCCGCGGAAGAUGAGGAGCAAGAAGACCAGAAGCCGUCCGAGGAAGAGGAGGCAGAAGAGGCAGUCGACGAGCCCGCCGCAGAGGAGGAAGAGAAGCAGACGGAGGAUGACAGCAGCCCUGCUGAUGCAGAGGAGAAUGCAGGCGAGGAUGCGCCAGAGCAGCAGCCAGAGGGCGAGAGCGAAGAGCCCGCUGCGGAAACGGCAGAGGCAGAGAAGGAGGAUGAGGCAGCUGAACCAGAGGCUCAGGAGGCGGCGGCGCAGAAGGAGAAUAAGCCGGCUGAGGAGACUGAAGAGAAGCCGCAAGAGGAGGAGCCUGCCGAGACUGAGGCAAGCGAGGAGAUGGCUGGUGGUGAUGACACGACCGCGGAGGAAGAGGCGGAGGAGCCCGCGAAGGAGGAGGAGGAGACGAAUGAGCAGCAGGAGGAGGAGGAGGCAGCUGCUGGUGACGAGGACGAGCAGGCCGAGCCCGCGGCAGAUGAGCAGGAGAAGGAGCAGGAGAAGGAGCAGGAAGAGGCACAGGAGGAGGACAAGAAGCAGGAAGAGGAGAGUGGCGAUGCCUCGACUGACGGCGACGCAGCUGCUGAAGAGCAGGGGGCUGAUGCUGCUGCUGAGAGUGGCAACCAGAGCGACCAAGUCAAGGCUGACAAGGAAGAGUAGGCGCUGCCAUCCAAGAGGCAGCCCUUGCUUCCAAAGAUGCGCGUGCGUGUGUGUGUGUAUGUGUGUGUGUGCCUGCGGCGCUCCCUCGUUCUGAGCGUUGCAUAUUGUACUUGAUGUGUGAUUUUAUUUUUGAACUCGUGCAAGGCAGUGACUAUCUUAUCUUGCUUGCGCGAAGAAGCCCCGUUGUCUGCGUUUGGGCUUUCAUUUCAGUUGGUGCGUUGCUGUUGCGGGUAUAUUGCUGGCGUCCGUUGCAUUGCAUGGCGUUGCAUGCCAUGUCCAAUGUGAUGUGCACGUGUGUGUCUUGUGAUGAGUGCGACUACGACGAUUGUGACUGUGUGUGUGUGUGUGAUGCCGUGACUUGAUGACCACGAUGGCUUUGUUGAUGUCCGGUCUGGUGUCCUCUUGUGUCCUCGACAAAGACAUAUCUAUCCAUCAGCAACAGCCAACACACACAUGCAU